AUGAAGUCCCUCAGCAGAGCCAGUCUUCCCCUUCACCUCCAAACGCCUCUUCGACCCCUGCUAGCUGCACGAUUAUACGCCACUCAGACGGGUCUAGGGACUACAGGACCAUCCUCACAGCCUAGGAGAAAGGCAGUGACAGCAUUCAAUGACGAUGGGAGAGUUGCAUGGGGGGACCUGACAGGCAGGGAGAAGGCUGCAAGGACGGCACAGCAAACAUUCAACUUCAGCUUCAUAAUCAUCGGUGCAGUCUUAACGACAGGCGUAGCAUACGUCCUGUACCACGAUGUCUUUUCUCCAGAUAGUGUGACGAGCCAUUUCAAUAAGGCAGUUGAUCAAGUUAAGAGCGACCCCAGGGCCACGGAGCUGUUGGGAAAUAGCAAGCAAAUCAAGGCAUACGGGGAACCAACGUGGAAUAAAUGGGCACGAGACAGACCGAUAGCAUCAAGCAUUAAAAAGGAUCAACGAGGGGCCGAACACCUGAUUAUGCACUUCAAUGUUGAGGGUCCCUUAAACAAAGGAGUUGUCAAUCUACAUAUGAUCAAAGGCCCCACGGAUAGCGAAUUUGUCUACAAAUAUCUCGCGCUGGAUGUAAAAGGUCACCAGAGGAUUUAUCUCGAAAACGCAGAUGCCUCGGACAGCCCAGCAAAGAGCAAGACAAAAUUCUUUGGGGUCUCUUGGCGAUAG